CUUCACAAUUAUUCACAAGCUUACAAAUUCUACCGAAAACAUCCUUGAGUCUAAAACAAGAAAAAACAAUGAGUAGAGAGUGUUCAAUUCCAUCGCUGAAGAAAAAUUUGCUAGAUGAUGAAGAAAAUCUUCUUGUUGAAUCAAAUCCAAAGAUUCACCAAAGGAAGCCUGCAUGGAAGGCCAUGCCUUAUAUUUUAGGAAAUGACACAGUUGAGAGAUUGGCAACUUAUGGAAUGCAAACAAACUUUGUUGUGUAUUUGAUGAAAGUGUAUAACAUGGAUCAAGUUCUUGCUGCAAAUAUUAUGAAUACUUGGAUGGCUGUCUCCAAUGUUGUUCCUCUCAUUGGUGCCUUUGUUGCUGAUUCCUACUUGGGAAAAUUUCUUACAAUUGCUAUCUCUUCCUUUGCUAGUCUUGUGGGUUUGGUGAUACUGAUGCUAACAGCAUGGGUGCCAGAUUUUCAUCCAGCACCAUGCUCAAUUGACCUGCAACAACUUGGUGUGUGUAAUGGCUACACAAAUUUCCAUCUAUGGUUCUUAAUUUUUGGUCUAUUCUGGUUAUCAAUUGGCACUGGUGGAAUUAGACCUUGCAGUAUUCCAUUCGCAGUCGACCAAUUUGAUUUGACAACUUCUGAAGGAAGACAUGGAAGUAGCAGCUUCUAUAGUUUGUACUACACAACACAGACAAUAGUCAUGUUGAUAAACCAAACUCUUUUGGUUUAUAUUGAGGAUUCUGUUAGUUGGACACUUGGUUAUGGAUUGUUCACUUUGUUUAUGUUGAUUGCAAUCAUAGUUUUCUUUGCUGGUACUAGGGUUUAUUCUUAUGUUCAGCCUGAAGGAAGUAUAUUAUCAAGCAUUGCUCAAGUGUUGGUUGCAGCUAGACACAAAAAACACCAUCAUCUGCCGGAUUUUGAGGACACACAAGAAGCGUUUUAUGAUCCACCUUUCAUGAAUGAUUCAGAAGGAAAACUUCCUCUUACAAAAGAAUUUAGGUGCUUAAAUAAAGCUGCUCUUGUGAUUGAGGAGAAUGAAUUGAACAAUGAUGGAACAAGCAAAAAUCCAUGGAGACUAUGUAGCAUCCAACAAAUUGAAGAAUUAAAGUGCAUGCUUAAAAUAAUGCCAAUAUGGGUAACAAGCAUCAUAGUCAACAUUCCAAUAGGACAACUAACAAUAUUUUCAAUAUCACAAGCCUUAAAAAUGGACAGAAACAUAGGACUCUUCAAUUUUAAUUUUGAGAUACAUGCUGGCUCAGUAACAGUAAUAUCAUUAAUAGCAAUAGGUAUAUUCCUACCAUUCUAUGAUCAAGUAAUUUCACCUUUACUAGAGAAAAUCACAAAACAAGAACAAGGACUCACAUCUCUUCAAAGAAUUGGACUUGGACAUGGUGCUGCAAUUCUAGCAGUAGUAGUUGCAGGAUUGGUUGAGAAAACGAGACGAGAUUUAGCGAUUUCAAUGGGAGAUUCUAACGGUGUUGCGCCUAUGUCGGUAAUGUGGCUAGCUCCUCAAUUCUUGCUUAUAGCAUUUUGUCAUAUUUUUGGAACAGUUGGACACACUGAGUUUUUCAACAAAGAAUCACCUGAAAGCAUGAGAAGUAUAAGCAAUUCUUUGCUAUGUCUUAAUCUUUCAGUUGGUAGUAACCUUAGCACAUUUAUUGUGAACAUUGUGCAUUCUUAUACAGGGAAACAAGGUGAAGCAGAUUGGCUUGAUAGUGAUAUUAAUAAGGGAAGAUUGGAAUACUUUUAUUUCAUCAUUGCUGGAUUGGCAGUGUUAAAUUUAUGCUAUUUCAUAUUUUGUGCUCGUAGAUAUCAUUACAAGUCUACUUCAUUGAAAGGAUGAAAGUGAUUAAAAAUAGCAUACAAUAGUGGAUAAGUUGAAUAUACAUUUUCAAUAAAACUUUCCUUGUAAUACAAUAUACAUAGAUAAAAUUCAGAGUAUUUGAUGUUCAAUGUCUGUUUUCUACCAAUUAUAGCUAUAUGUACUCCCUCAGUCCUUUUUUUUUAUAAG